GCGAAAAGCGGGAGACGUCCAAACAAACCGAAAGAAAAUGGCUGCUGUCAGAGACGAGAGCGUAACUCAAAAGGUCAAGUGAGAAAAGCUGAAAAGGGCACAUGUUGCUCUACUGUACCUCCUGGAGUGACUAUUCGGAGCUCGGUUUUCCUCCGCUUCACAGUAAAGCACACACAGGUGUAGCCGCAUGCUAAUGCUGCAUGCGUGAAGCUGAUUAAUUGAUGCUGCCGUAUGAGGCUUAUUAAUCCUGACACGCCGACUGGCUUUAACUUCCCGCCUCGUGGCGUCACUGUGAGGCUCACUCGCGACGUUUUGUUGUGGGCUUAACAUUUUGGAUGAUCACAGGGAAACUUUGCGGCGGAGCAACUUAUGUCAGAACCCGAGGAUCUCCUUAUCAUCGCACGGCUCACUGGCGGUGUCGGGAACUUGUCUUUGAAUAUUUCUUUACGCCACUGACAGCCUCAGAUCUUUCACUUGCCUUGAAUCCAUACACGACUUCUGCACAAUGAAAAGCUAAAGACACUUGUUUUAUUUUUUUUUCUCUCCCCCAGAUGGAUCUAAAUUUGGGUCUCAACAGAGAGAAAAAUAUUUUUUUCCCCACAAGGUUGAAAACCUCAAAGUUAACAGCACUUAGUUUUAUGUAAUAAGCUGCUCUCAGGGUAGCCAUGAGGGAAUCCAGCCUGGAGGCGGUUCGAGGUGAUUCCGUCCUCCUGCCCUGCUCCUUCUUCACCUCCUCUGACUUCUCCAGACUUAAUGUGAUCUGGACUCUGGCUCCGUUCUCCAGCCCAGGGAGCCCAGUGCAGGUGAUCGUGUAUGACCACGGUCAGGUGAUUAAGAACCCCUCCCUGAUUGGCCGGGUGGAUUUUACAGGUCUUCCAUUCAGUGCAGACAUUAUGCUAAAUGAAACACGAGUCUCGGACGGCGGGAUUUACCGCUGCAUGGUCAACAACCCGCCAGACACGGCGGACCCUGGCGUGGGAGAGCUGCUGCUCAGCGUGCUGGAGCCACCUUCACUGCCUGUGUGCGAUUGGGACGGAGCGAUCGACGUGGGCGGAAGCGUGAGGCUGUCCUGCUCCGUGGAAGAGGGCGUCCCCAUCCCAGAAAUCCGCUGGGAGAAAGUGAGCCCCGUGGAAAUUUCACUCCCAGUCAACAUGGAGGGCGAGCUGUCUGGCUCCGUCCAGAUUGUCAACGUGUCGUCUCAGACGUCCGGCUUGUAUCGCUGCUCGGCCACUAACGUCCUGGGAACAGAAAACUGCUACGUCAACUUGGCCAUUUACAACAGCGAGGCGGCUCCAGGCGGCCCCUCGGGCGUCCUACCAGGCGUGCUGCUCACGCUGGUGAUGGCUCUGGUGCUGCUGGCUCUGCUGGUCAUCAUCCUGUGGCUGCAUCGCACGGGGCAGGACGGGAGGAGCAGGAGGAGGAGGAGGAGGGGGGACAGGAAGGCAGAGGAAGAGGAGUGUUACAACGAGAUCCGCUACACUCCAUCCCUGAUGAAGCGCUCCUUUGUCUGAAGUCUCAGCGUCAGGUAUUGAAAUGAAGGACUUGUUCAGCUUUGCUUCUGCUCUUCUCACGGCUGCACUGCCAGACAUAUUGUGAAAUAAAAAAAAAAUAUCCAAGUUCUGAUAGUUUAUUCUUUUAGUUUGAGUUCCCCCCCCCCCCCAUUUGCCUUCA